AUGGAGAAUAUGAAGUUACUUGAGAAAGUUGUAAUCGCACCCGAAAAACCUACAGAACGUAGACAAAUUUUCUUAUCUAACAUAGACUUUUCCCUUGUUGUGUACCAAGAAUCUGUGUCCUUUUUUGACCCUCCAACAAAUGAAAUGACAUUCUUUGAAGCUUAUCAUAGCUUAUGCAGUGCCCUUUCCAAAAUGCUAGUCCCAUAUGAUUUUUUAGCUGGUAGGCUAGUGCCAUGUUCGGAAGAAGAUAAUCGCUUUGAAAUUGAUUGUAAUGGUGCUGGUGUUGUGGUUGUUGCAGCGAGAACCGACACGAUGUUGAGUGAAUUAGGUGACCUCUCGUCUCCCAAGCUGGAGUUAAGGCAGUUGGUUGCAUUGUUGGAUGAAGAGGGUGAUGAAGAAAGGGACUUGAAGGCAAUCCCCUUUUGUCUAUACAGGUUAUUUUCCCUUUGGUUAUUAGUAUUUGGUACCAUACAGUUAAUUUAG